AACUAUAGUUCCUACAGAAGCCUGCAGUGUGGCUCCACCUUUAGGCGAAAGAAUUCAUUAGUUCCAUGGAAACGUAGGAUAACAGUUGGCGAGAAUCGUGUUCCGGACCCGUGGAGCUCGUUUAAACAAAAACAACGCGUCGUUUGUUGCCGAUAUCGUUCCCGAUACCGUCAGGGAACCGAUAAACCUAACCUCUCAGGCUUUCCCAGACCUGUAACAUAACGCUCCGGUCACGGGGAGUCCGGGGAUCGCCGUGGUCGCGCAUGAUCGGACGAGAAGCGAAUCUUUCUGUGUCAGAAAAAUUCCGUCGGUCUGUGUGCACGCCUCGAACGAUGUACUGUUAUCUGUGAAAGCCGUCGCGAAACGUAAACACGCUCCAUUCCCAACGGUCGCGCGUUAUUUUCGUUCCGAUAUCGUCCGUGGCAGUUAGCAUGACCACCGUCGGGGUUUGUUUUCGCGGUACGGGACGACGAUCCCCUGUGCCAGCGAUUACGCGUGUCAGCCUGCACGGCCGUGUACGUUCAACGCGGCCGAACGACCGUUUCUCGUAGAACAAUUUCAAUUUUCUGUUGAUUAUGGAGGAGGACCACGCAACGGAAAGCAUCUUGCCGCGAUUACUUUUAUUUACGGCCGCAGACCGAGUCGACCGAGCAUAAACAUGGCGGUCGCGCUCUGUGAUGAUUACUCGUGUCAGUUUGCACUCGAGGAAGCCCUGGAAUGGAAAUAACGACGGAAUGCGCGGACCAGAGAUAUCCAGCUUCGAUAAUAUCGUCGGAAAUGGGCGAAUAAAGUUUCGAGUAUUGAGGUAUAUCCGUUUAAAAGGAGCUUCCAAAUCAAUGCAGUACACUUUCUAGGCUGCUCUCUGGGUGAGCAAUGAAUGUAUUCCGAAUUUUGACGCCGUGUGUAUUGCAACGCAGACGACCAAAGGAGGUAGAUAAUUCCGAUAAAAGGGAUUGCUGGUUCGUGAAAAGACGGCGUGGAGAUGCUUCUUACAUGAUACAUAGAAUGGGUGCUUCUGCAUCGUCAAGCAUCACCAGUGUAGGUGGAGAUUCGGUCCAAGCAGCUAGGCUCUCAUCUUCUGGUAAUCCUGAUCAACAUGGCAUUGCUAUCAGGGAAAAGAAGAAGAAAAUGACGGGGUUUGCGACGUUGCGCAAGAAGUUCAUUCGAAGACGUCGUUCUUCGAAGGCCUGCGAUCACGGUAGGAUAAUACGUGAUCUGGUGUCGACAUGGAGUCACCUGGAGGCAACGGCGCUCCUGGAGGAGUACGAGGCGCUGGCUGCGUUAAAGGAUCUCCAUGUCCAAGCCGAGUUGGCCAGGCCACCAGCAGCCACGUACAAGCAGGACUUGUCUAUGUUGUACGACUACAAACAUUGCUCCGAUGUGGAUCUCGUCUACCGAGGAGCGUGUUUCCCCGUUCACAGGGCCUUAUUGUCGGCGCGCUGUCCGUACUUUAGGGACCUGCUGACUGGAUGUCCGGGAUACGGUGCUAGGAUAUGCCUGGAGCUGAGAACGCCGAAUCUCGAAGUGCAAAUGUUCUCUGCCCUGCUGCGUUAUCUCUACACUGGUGAUAUUUGUCCGCACGAUGCAGCUCUGGAGGCGAACCUUCUGCGAAGACUGGGGGAAGAAUUCGGCACGCCUAACCCGCUGGAGCACGAUCUCAGAUACUUGCUCGACACCGGUGAUUACGCGGACGCGGCGCUAGUGUUCACGUCGGACAGUGAUUACCAGAGACCAGAUAGUGGAAGUUCAGAAUACGGAUUCCGGCCAAAGUUAGAACUGCCAUGUCAUAAAGCGAUACUUUCUGCGAGAUCUCCGUUCUUCAGGAACUUAAUACAAAGACGGACUAGAUCGGGGGAAGAUCACACAGAAAGGGCGCUUCAUAUACCUACUAGAAUAGUUUUGGACGAGAGUGUAAUACCCAAAAGAUACGCCAGAGUAUUAUUACAUGCAGUGUAUUUAGAUACCGUUGAUUUAUCGUUAAUAAUGAGAGGUAAUGGUUGCGGAAGCAGCGCUGGUAGUCUCGGAGAGGUUCAAGCUCUCACGCAUACCGGACGAGUUCGACCAAGCCCCUUAGAGGAAGCAAUGGAAUUGUACCAAAUCGGCAGAUUUUUGGAGCUAGAUAUAUUGUCACAGGGUUGUGAAGAUCUUAUUUUAGAAUAUCUUACAUUGGAAUCGCUUCCAGCCGUCUUGAAGUGGGGCAGUCAACCUCAUGGAUCCGCAUGGGUACACAGACAAGCGUUGCAUUACUUGCGAGAGGAAUUCCAGCCGGUCGCAUCUUCCUCCAUCCUCCAUCAGUUGGAUCACGCGCACUUGGUGAACGUUUUGCAAAGCCACUUUUUGCAAGCUAGCGAGCUUGAAAUACUGCAGGCAGUACUCAAGUGGGGAGAACAGGAACUGGUGCGUCGCAUGGAAGACCGGGAACCUAAUUUACUCAGUCACACGGUGCACUCUGUGACCAGGAAGGGUCUGAAGAAACGGGAUCUGAGCGACAUAGAGCUACGAGAGAUACUCAGCGAGCUUCUUCCACUCGUCAGAAUGGAUCACAUUCUACCGCCCAACAGCGAGACGCUGGCUCAGGCUAUUAGAAGAGGAUUGGUUUCAACCCCACCGAGUCACAUGAUAGGGGACGAGAGAGAGAACCUGCGUAUGAAUGCUUGGAUAAGGGGAGGGAAGAAAAAUGGAUUUUUUGUAAGGCCUCGUCUGUUCAUGCCUUAUUACGAGGAAAUAAAGUCUUUAGUUGAGGAACAAAUGGUCCAAGAAGCAGAUUUGGUGAGACUGCGAAGGCCACGGUACGUGGCCGAUAUUCCCGAUGCCUUGUACAUGGUUGACGAGAAACCGAGACCAAUCGGCACAGCCGGCGUGGAUGUUCUCGCCGCGGCGUUUCCAGUUCCAGAUUCCGUGACCCUGGCAGCUAUGAUGAAACGGGAGCAGAAAUUGAGACAGUCCCCCAGUUGUCAGAGGGCGAUCAGUUUACCGCUUUCGUCGCGCCACGAGAUCAACAGGCAAGUGCGGCUGCGCGUCGUGAGGGAAUUCAACUUACCUGACACGGUGGCGGAUCUCCUGGAGAACACGGGCGCGUACAACGCGAAGGAGCAAAACGAGAGGCUGACCGACAUCGAAGACAUGGAUUCACCAGGCAUGGGGAUCAACGGGAGAACAGCCCCGCCAUUGUGCUACGGAAGAAACAUGACGUUCCCGCGGCCAGCUUCAUCCUGCACGCACAGACACGAGCUCCCGGCUAUAGUCACAGAGGGCGAAAGCUGUAGACUUCUUGCAGAGCAACAAGAGAGCAACUCGUGCAGCGAUGGACAGCUGUCGGGCGUGAUGCCAGACGUGGCAAUGGCGACAGCCUCCUUCGGAGCUUUGCAGCUGAUAGAGGAGCAAGAGCUGGAGCUGGAUCUCGGUGAUGGUACCUCUCACCUUCUGCAGCACGUGUCGCCGUCGAACGGAACGAUGGGCUCGCACAGGUCCUCGCUUCCUCACCAACAUCAGAGACAUUACUCCGGUCCUCCCCCUCCACCGUACAUGUACCACCGUGCUGGCACUGCCUUACCGAGAUUUAUUUAAGAUUUCUAGACCGUAAGAAUUGUAUAGCGACUAACUUGGACCCUCGUGAAAGCGUUCGAUUCCCAAACAAAACCGAAAUAAACAGGUGUACUCUUCGUGUACUGCCACGACUGCAUCCCAGGGGUGCGUCCCUUGUUCGCGGAACAGCCCGCACGUUUCAGGAUUUAGCUAGACAAAGGUAACAUUCGGUUCGACACGCUUACGGAAAUCCGCUCGUUCCUUGCACAGAGUGUUUUCUUUUUUAAUCGCUUAGCGAAAGGACACCCGGUAGGUGGGCAAUUUACGCGAGCUUUCUGCCCGUAGCGACCAACGGCGUUUAAGGUUCUCGCGGCUGGCUGGUAGGAGACGCUU